CUGGGGGUCUAGCUGUCGAUCGGGUGUUAUGUUAAAAGCGAUAGAGAUAUAAUGAUACCGUGUAUACACAUUUUAAGUCACACGAGUAACAUAUACAUAUGGUGGUUUAGUAUUCGUUACAUUUAGUGCUUUGCAGUAGUGACCACACGCAUUGGGAUAAAUGUAGUCAGUGGAUACUUUUGAAUACUUUUAUAGUAAAUAACACCAAUUGUUGCCAUAGUAACUAUAAAAUAGUAAUACUGGAACGCAACAUAUUAUAUUGCAGGUAUAUUUGUUGCGCACAAACAUGAGCAAUCUCGUUGCCAUAGUUUCUACACUCGCAGGGAGCGUUCUGGUGCAUCUGUGCCUUGGGAGCUACUAUAUAUUUGGCAACGUAUCUCCGUACAUGAUUUCGUACUUGCGCAACCGGACGAGCGAGCACACAUUACGUAACGAGGAGAACAUAUGGAUCCCGACCACAGCGACCGUGUUGUCUUCCGUGGCCACGACUCUUGGAGGUGUCUUGACUGCUAAGGUCGGGGUCAGGAUAACGGUCGCCUUGGGCAGUGCCAUAAUGUGCAUUGGGGUAGGUCUGACGUAUUUCACCCUGCAGAUGUCACUUCCAUGGGUCUGCGUUACGUACGGCCUCAUCAACAACUUUGGCAACUCUCUAGCGUACGGGCCACCCGCUCAAAAUGCCGUCGGGUGGAUCCCCAAGCGGCCUACGUUCGCGGUGGGUCUGAUAGUGUGCGGUUUCGGGGGCGGGGCUUUCAUCUUUAACCAGGUCGUCACCGCCUUCAUCAACCCCGACAACAUCUCACCUGACCUCGUGGACAAAUAUGGCGACAGGUAUUUCACCAACAAGGAAGUGUUAGACCGUGUUCCAUACACAUUCCUGUUGCUGGCCGGUAUCUACUUCGUCAUGUGUGUGGUUGGUAUCCUCAUGAUUAUACCAGCGCCUAAACCGGGACAGGAGUCUACAGGGUGUUGUGGCUUCAGACAAGUUGAUGACAUUGGAGAAAUAAACAAAACAGAUAGUCUGUCAAUGCAAGUAACUAAAAAGGAGCCAGUGAGAGUGGUGAUCAAGAGGAUCCUUAGCAACAAGAACGCCUGGAUCUGGGUCACCAUCAUGUUCAUCUUGUUCAGCGGCAUGCAGUUUGCAAAUAGCUUCUAUAAGGCUUACGGUCAGACGUUUAUUUACGAUGACCAUUUUCUCGCGUUGGUCGGUUCUAUUGCGUCAAUAUUCAACUGCGUGUUCAGGCCCAUCUGGGGACUCGUGAUGGACAAAUAUGGAUUUGAAACCACUGUGAAGAUGAUCUGCGCACUCUUUACAAUUUUGUCCUGUACCAUCAUGUACACAGAAAAGAUGCACAAAAUAUUCUUCCUCUUGUGGAUAGGCAGCAUAUAUGGCAGCAACUGCGGUAUAUGGGCGAUUGGUCCAUCGGUGUUAGGUAAACUCUUCGGCGUGGAAAAUAUGUCCUUGGCAAUAGGAUUUCAAUUUGUUGGUGUUUCCAUAGGCACGAUAGUUGGAGGAUUUAUCGGUCUCAACCUGCAGGCCGUCAUAGGGUGGCACUGGCUGUUCAUAUUCGCUGGCGGUUUAGGAACUGUUUCAUUUUUCAUAACGUUUUUCUUUGAUGGACGAGACACAAACGGCAAGAAAAUAUAGGCAUCAUAUCGCAGAACUGACGAUCUAUGCAUAAGAUCUGAAUGUGCAAUAAAAGUAUGCCAGAAAUGCAAUAUGUGAGAAAGUGCAAUAUGUGAGAACGUGCAAUAUGCGAGAAAGUGCACUAUAUUUCACUAAUUUGUUGUUGAAUGAAACCCUACAAAUUAUUUUUUUUUUCAAUAUGAAACUUUGAAUAUUGUAUA